GCGGUGUUAUUGUGCAAUUUGACACCGUUCCAGAGAGUCGAGUCGACCCCCUUCUCAUUUUGUCAAGUCUCCAAAUACCACCAGGUCAAACUUCGGUAAACUUGGGAAUCACUGGAACAAAUUCAAACAAAUUCAUCAAAAGGAUUUUGCACUUCUUGUUUUAAAAUCCUCUCAAUUAAUAAUGGACCCCAGCGGCCCCCAGAAGGAAUGGACUAAUGAGAAAUCUUCUAUGGGCCAAGCGCCCCCACCGCCCUACAAUCCGCAGCCGGGGUAUCCGCAGCCUGGCCCGGGUUUUCUCCAGCCUGCAUCGGGUGGUUACCCUGCCUAUCCGAACGAGUCUGCAUACCCCCCACCUUAUGGCGGUGCUGCAUAUGGACAGCAGCAGUACACGGUGGGUCAACAGUACCCACCCCAGCCUGCCACAGUCACCCUCCAGCCUACGGUGUUCGUGACCCGAAGCCCUCUGGAAAACCCGGUCAAGGACUACAUGUGUUACUCCAUUUUCACCUUGCUGUGUUGCUGCCUGCCGCUUGGAAUCGCUGCUCUUGUCUACUCAAUUAACACCCGAGAAGCCAACCUCAGCGGGGAUCAGAUGUCAGCCGAACGAUGCAGUCGGACUGCCAGAACCCUGAACCACGUGUCUCUGGGACUCGGCAUCGGCAGCUUCAUGCUCCUGAUUGUCUACCUUGUGGUUUUAAUGACCCUGUUUUGAUUUAUUCACAAAUCGUCAAAAUCCAAUUUAUCCAAAUAUUUCCACUAAAAUUGAAUCAGUUGGAAUGUGUACACCUUUCCAAUCACCUUAGCUUGUGCGCGUGUAGCCUCAGCAGAUUUUUUCCAAGCUGACCAAUGUCUAAAAACGUGCCAAAAAAAAAAAAAAAAGCUUUUUCAUAAUGAAUUUUAAAGGUGAUAGAAUUACAACACUGUCAUUCACAUCUAUCAUGAGCCAAUCACCACACAGGGUGCCCGAAGAAUGAGAUUAUUAAAUACUGUUUUUAUAUAUUUCUUAAAACUUUUUCACAGCUCUGUUAAAAAUAACUCUAAAGCAAUACUGUUCAUAUCAUCAGUGGCUCCCAUUGUUUUCACCUAGACUACCCCCAUCACCUCAGGCUCUGAAGUAAAAAACGUUAUAUUGAAGAUAGCCUCUGAAAAAUCAUGUUUUCUAUCAUGUGUGCUCACAGGGUUAUACAAAAUGAUUUUCACUAAGCAGCAUGAGAGGGGGAAGCAGGGACCAACUUCAAGUUUUGAGGUAGGAAUUCAAAUUUGGGGCAGGUAGGGACCAACUUCAAGUUUUGAGGGAGGGAUUCAAAUCGUAAUAAAUACCGGUGUAGCAACUCCAAAUUAACCUGGUAUGUUGAGAGAAAAUGGUUGCGCUGUGCACCUGUGUGUAUGAGCACACUGAGUCUUGAAUAUGCCUUGUUUGCUUUAAAAAAUACAUAAAAAAUAAAUAAAUACUUUUUACAAACACACUUGAGGGAUUUGUGCACAGUGUAUAGCAAAGAGCCACACAUUACACCAACCAAUCACUAAACAGAUUUUAGAUAAUGGAUCCUACAACCACAAUUUCAAUGAAGUUGGGACGUUAUGUUAAACAUAAAUAACAGAAUGUAAUGAUUGGAAAAUCAUACCCGCCCCCCUUCCUUUUCCACUUCUAUCCACUUAGUUCCAAUUAAAUCAGUGAGUUUUUAUUUCUGGGGUUUCAGUGGGGAUCUCAGGAUUAAAAGGGAUUAUAAAUAGCCUUUCAUGCAAACUAAUAAUGAAAAAAGACUUGCUCCCCCUUUCCAAAGAUUCAUAUAAAUUGUAUUAUCUGCCGAAUAUAGUACAGGUAGUCCCUGGGUUACGACGUACCCGAUUUACAUGAUUUCGACUUUACGACGCCAGAGUCUCAUCCGCCAUUCUGUCUCCAGUGUUUUUUUUUGUUUUUUUAUUUUUUUAUUUUUAAGUCGCAGAAACAGUACCAAGUUCUUCCCAUGUCAGGAUCCUCUCCUCCCCCAGUACUGUCACCGCCAUAUUGCAGUUCCUUACAGCGUCAGGUCCCACUUCCUUGUUCUCAUACUGCGCUACUGCUUCUCCCCCGAGUCCCCAUCCAGUUGUUUGAGUUCAGACGGCGGGCUUGCGUUAAGAGAGACAACGCUGAUGACCUGAGCUGCCAUGAUAUCCCCCCUCUCUCACCUCCCUACUCUUUCCACAGCGCCUUUUUCGCUCAGCAAGGCGACUCACUUGCGAGUAAGGCCUGAAUAUUUUCUUUGUUGUUUUUAAAGCCCGUGUAGUCUUUGAAUAUAACAGCAUUUGACACAAAAUACCUCACAGAAUCUUAUUUUUUUACUCUAUCUUAUUAAUCUGAUGCAUAACACAUGUUUUUGGACAGUUAUUUUGAGGUUUGGGGGGGAUUUAGGAUUCCUUAAAGUGUUCAUUCCGAUUUAUUCGGAAAUUCGGGUUACGUCACCAGCCUAGGAAUGGAACUCAUUUGUUACCCGGGGACUUACCUUUAUUUGUGCCUUAUUCAAUGCCUUAAUAGUUUGUUGUCGUUGUGCCACACAUAUUCAAAUUAAAAACUUUACUCAGACUGACUGUGGUUUCCUUCCAUUUCGUUUCCGUAAAUCACCUGUACACUCAAUAAUUAUCCCUCAGAAAUGUAUGUUUUCAUUCCAGUAAACCAAAGAAUUUGCACGGGGGAAAGAGGUACAGACAUAAAGUUUAGGCAUACCCAUCCAAAUUUCUUUAUGCGACUUUAUGUUUCCCUUAGUUUCCCAUUCAAGUAUAUGAUGACACAAAAGUUUGGUCAUCUUGGGUAUACCCAAACGUUUUCAUGCCACUGUAUCUGAUGUAAUGAUCUCCUCCAAUUAUUGCUGUCUUACCAUAUGAAAGCAUUUUGUGUGUAGCCAAAAAAGGAAAAAUACUGCUGAUCACAAAAUCAGCGGAAAGUUGACAACAGCUGAGCUGUAUGUUGCUUGAGAUGAAUGUUGUUCAGUGAUUCUUAUCAGAGGUUUGUCUUUGCAGAAUGCUCAUAUUCUUCCCUCAUCCAAAGCUGAAUAAACAAGCCUGUACUUUCAAACAGAUUUCAUUAUAA